AUGGCUGCUCCACUGGACAGUGAAGAAGCACGCAUCGCUGUACAGUUGAAGCUGGAACUAAAGUUACAAGAUCAUGAUUGGUUUAAGGACUAUCAGCCUCGGGAUCUCUUGCUGCCCUCGCGCCGCCGCCGCUUCCUGUUCGAGCCCGGCGCGGCGGCCACAGGUGCCUUCUGGACUCGGAGCAGCCGGGGCGGACCUGUAUCUCUGGUGCGGCAACAGAUAACAUCGCGAGACCUCUCGCGGAGCAAACGUGAGGAUCGCGGCGCCUCGUGGAUGCAGGGAGUCCGAACUCACAGUGGAGAGGAGCCCUAUCAGUGUAAGGAAUGCAGGAAAGCAUUUAGUCAGGCCCCAUCCCUCAUGCAACAUUUAAGAGCACACAGUGAAGAGAGGCCUUAUAAAUGUAAGGAAUAUGGGAAAACCUUUAGGUGUUCCCCACACUUCACUAAACAUACAAGAAUGCAUAAUGGAGAGAGGCCUUAUGAAUGUAAAGAAUGUGGGAAAGCCUUUAGUUGUUCCUCACACCUCACUUCACAUAUGAAAACUCACAGUGGUGAGAAGGCUUAUGAAUGUAAGCAAUAUGGGAAAGUCUUUAGACAUUCCUCAGCUCUCACUUUGCAUAAAAGAACUCACAGUGGAGAGAAACCUUAUGUAUGUAAAGAAUGUGGGAAAGCCUUUAGUUGUUCCUCACACCUCACUUCACAUAUGAGAACUCACAGUGGAGAGAAGCCUUAUGAAUGUAAGCAAUGUGGGAAAGCCUUUAGGUAUUCCUCACACCUCAUUAGACAUAUAAGAACUCACAGUGGAGAGAGGCCUUAUGAAUGUAAGGAAUGUGGGAAAGCCUUUAGUUAUUCCUCAGCCCUCACUACACAUAGUAGAACACACAGUGGAGAGAAACCUUAUGAAUGUAAUGAAUGUGGAAAAGCAUUUAAUCGUUCCUUUUAG